CCCGACAUGGUAAGACGUCAAGCCCUUUCCGGUAUAGUGGCACCGCCCGUGCCCGCUAAUGCUGAAGCCGUUCUUUUCGGAUGAAACAAGUCUAUUGUGAUAAACUAUUUAUUCCAUUCUACAUACGCUCUCCUUGCGCAGGUGUACCGCGAAAGCGUUUGUCGACCUCAGCCAAAGUGUCAUGGUCAAACGAAGUUGCCUGUACUCAUGUGUCCUUUUUUACUUUAUUGGCCAGGCGAAGUGUUCAAGAAAAAUAUGUUUUCCCGCUUUUUUCCUCAUUUCAGGAUUGUUUUCAAUAUUAUAAUUCUCUUCCUUAGGUUGUUGGAUUUCCCCCGCUCUUUGCCAUGGAUAUGUAGAUGUGGCUUCUUGUUAUUUUACUUUACAGUUUUUUCCGUCGUCCAAAGGACAUCACUCUUCCCCGAUGUGUUGGACUUGAUUAUUUCUGCCUUCUGUCCUUGGACGAUCAAUCAGUCGACUCUAAGACAGAUUUAUUGUGGCCAUUUCUUUGUAUUCCACGUUGGUGUUUAGUUAGGUCGCAACGUAAAUGCUUUACCCGAAUCGCGCGAUGCGGUUCAGACCCAGGUUCUACAGUCAUUCAAAGGAAUCACAGGCUAUACCAAA